AUGGCAAAUAUACACACUAUUUCUUUCUGUCAUUUUUGUUCUCUCCAUUGCUCUGAAACAGGGAGGCUCCACACGACCAACAAUCCGUACCAGAGAGUAGGUCCAAGGGGUUUCAUCCAUGUGAAGAUUCUUAAGAAAAACAAACUCUACAUCCGCAUCGAUUUGCCCGGCGUUCCAGACGACGCCGUCCACUACAGAGUCGACUCCGUGAGGCAAAAGAUUGUCUUUUUCUCCGGCGAGACUCUCGACGACGGAUACGAGAAGAAGGACGGCGUGCGUGAGUACUUCGGAACCGCCGGUCUAGGCUGCGACUGCUGCAAGAUCACCGGCGUGGAUGCCACAAUGAAAGAUGGGGUCUUACGGAUGAUUGUCUCAAGAGUCGAAGUGAAGGACUUUAAGAAGAAGUGUACUCUCACCGUGCCUCCUUUCACAGGUUCGAUCCCAUUCCUCUCCAGGAAAUCCACCAUAUAUGGUAGAUCUGGAACAUACGAGGAGAAGGAGGAUCAUCCGUUUAUGGUGAAAGGUCGUAAGGGAGUGAUAAACUCUGGUGAUCGAACAGCUGAUGGAGGUACUUACUAUUCAAUAGAUCUGCCAGGGGUCUGUAGUGAUGAUAUAACAGUGUUUCCUGGUGAGAAUGAAGUUAGAUUCUAUGUUGAGAUCAGGAAUGUGUAUGAGCACGACGAGGGUGGCCGUAUUUACAUGGGAGCCAUGAAGGGUACUACUCCUCCCCACGCACCUUCGUAUUUGACCCAUGACAUCACUUGGGAUGCAGAGUAUGAUUCAGAGGAAAUAUCCGUUCAGACACUCAAAGCUACACCAACUGGAUCAGAUUGGAAUUCAAAUCAAUAA